AUGGCUGUACGUACGCAAUUUGAAGGGAAUAAUGAAAUUGGAGUAUUUUCUAAGCUAACGAAUUCAUUCUGCCUUGUUGCUAUUGGGGGAUCGGAAAACUUCUACAGUGUCUUUGAAGGUGAAUUAUCAGACACAAUUCCUGUGAUCCAUGCCUCCCUUGCUGGAUGUCGUAUCAUUGGUCGUAUGUGUCUUGCAAAUAAACAUGGUAUUUUAGUUCCGAAUGCUACGACCGAUCAAGAACUUCAACAUAUUCGCAACAGUUUGCCUGAUUCAGUAAAUGUUCAGCGAGUGGAGGAGAAAUUAUCAGCACUUGGCAAUGUUGUGGCUUGUAAUGACUAUGUUGCCCUUGUCCAUCCAGAUCUUGACAGAGAAACAGAGGAAAUUAUUGCUGAUGUAUUAAAAGUUGAAGUAUUUCGUCAAACAAUCGCUGAUAAUGUUCUUGUCGGAAGUUAUUGUGCCUUUAAUAAUCAAGGUGGACUGGUUCAUCCACGUACCUCUGUAGAAGAUCAAGAUGAACUUUCAUCAUUGCUGCAAGUUCCUUUGGUUGCAGGUACAGUGAACCGAGGCAGUGAUAUAAUUGGAGGGGGUUUGGUUGUAAAUGAUUGGAUAGCCUUCUGCGGCCUGGACACAACCAGUACAGAGAUUUCAGUGAUAGAAAGCGUGUUCAAACUUGGUGAAGGAGCUCAUCCUUCGAAUAUUACCAGCAACAUGAGAGAAUCUUUGAUUGAUAGUUUGACGUGA